AAAAGGUAAGUCACCUCUGAAACAAGUCCACCCCAACAUGGGACACAGGUUCCCGGCAUCUAGAAAACCCAGGUCACCAGAUUAUGUCAUAAUCAGUGAUGUCAUCGCUGGGAAUUUCUCAAGUUGCCAUCUGAUAUAAGCCUUUCAGGCCUUGAAGCCUGUGGGAUUGAGGAACUUUCUGAGAGCAAAUGGCUCUUGAUAGCAUGUGGGCUCCACAGGCAGCAGUCAUCGGGGACGGGCCUGCCAAGAGAGUAGGUGAACAGGUCUCCCCACAGACACACAUCCUCCAGACUGCCUCCUUAAAGGAUGGCCCGGCAAAGCGGGCAGUGUGGGUCCGCUGUAACUGUUCAGAGCCAGAAGAACCUACUAACUCAAGAACGGUUAAGGACAAACCCAAGGCAGAGGUGACCAAAGCAGUGGUUGUGGACCUUGGCACUGGCUACUGCAAAUGCGGCUUUGCCGGGCUGCCAAAGCCCACCCAUAACAUCUCCACAACAGUGGGGAAGCCCUACAUGGAGACGGCUAAAACUGGGGACAAUCGCAAGGAGACAUUCGUGGGGCGGGAGCUCAUCAAUCCAGAGGUUCGUCUCAAGCUACUUAAUCCUCUGCGACAUGGCAUCAUCGUGGACUGGGAUUCCGUGCAAGAUAUCUGGGAAUAUCUCUUCCAUCAAGAGAUGAAGAUCGCCCCAGAGGAGCAUGCGGUCUUGGUUUCAGACCCACCCCUGAGCCCACACACCAACAGGGAGAAGUACGCUGAAAUGCUGUUUGAAACCUUCAACACUCCUGCAAUGCACAUCGCCUAUCAAUCCCGCCUGUCCAUGUACUCCUAUGGAAGGACCUCAGGCCUGGUGGUGGAAGUUGGCCACGGCGUGUCCUACGUGGUCCCCAUCUAUGAGGGUUAUCCCUUGCCCAGCAUCACCGGACGGCUGGACUAUGCGGGCUCUGACCUGACAGCCUACUUGAUGGGCCUGAUGAAUAACUCCGGGAAACGCUUCACCGAGGACCAGAUAGGCAUUGUGGAGGACAUUAAGAAGAAAUGCUGCUUUGUGGCCCUGGACCCCAUCGAAGAGAAGAAAAUCCCUGCCACUGAGCAUACAAUCCAGUACAUACUGCCUGAUGGGAAGGAGAUACAGCUGUGCCAGGAAAGGUUCCUCUGCGCAGAGAUGUUCUUUAAGCCUUCUCUGAUCAAGUCCAUGCAGCUGGGGCUUCACACCCAGACAGUGUCUUGCCUUAACAAGUGUGACAUUGCCCUCAAACGGGAUCUCAUGGGGAACAUCCUGCUCUGCGGGGGGAGCACUAUGCUCAGUGGAUUCCCUAACCGGCUGCAGAAGGAGCUGAGCAGCAUGUGUCCCAAUGACAGCCCCCAGGUAAAUGUGUUGCCCGAAAGAGACACUGCAGUAUGGACGGGCGGCUCCAUCCUGGCAUCGCUUCAGGGCUUCCAACCACUGUGGGUCCACCGCUUUGAGUACCAGGAACAUGGGCCUUUCUUCCUGUACAGAAGGUGCUUCUGAACUCUGAUAAAGCAUGGUUGCCAUGCAUCUGCUUUGCUGAGUGAGCGCCCGCCAUACACACAGAGAGCUGAGCCCGCAUGUUUGCUCCUGUAGUAUUAAACAAUCCUCAUG